GACAGAUUCAAACUGAUAAGGGAUUGACAGGAGAAGCAGGGUCCUUUCAGCAGAGAAAAGAAGAAUCACACUUUGACAAGAAUCGGAUCAAGGUUGCCUCAAGGGGAGGUUCUGUGUGAAUUAGCACAAAAAGUGGAGAACUGGAGUAGUGAAGCUACUUUGGCAGGGUGAAGAAGGGCUUUGUCCCCUAUCUGCUCAUCUCAAAACUCUUGGGAAAGAAGUGCAGAGACGCCCUGGAGUCCCUCGCGGCACAGACUGACCUUGCCAUGUCCACCAGCAGUUGCAGUUUUGCAGACCGGUGUGUGUCUGUCCUGUGCUGCAAGUUCUGUCAACAAGUGCUCAGCUCCCGAGGCAUGAAAGCUGUGCUCCUGGCUGGGACGGAGGCAGAUCUCUAUUCCACAGACAUUCCUCCCACCAGCACUGUUGACUUCAUUGGAAGCUGCUAUUUUACAGAAAAUUGCAAAUGUAAACUAAAGAAUGUUGCCUGUUUGAAAUGUGGGAAUGUGGUAGGUUACCACGUGAUUGCUCCAUGCAAACCUUGCUUGCUCUCCUGCAACAAUGGACACUUCUGGAUGUUUCACAGCCAAGCAGUUUUUGGAAUCAACAGGCUGGAUUCCUCUGGUACACACUUCUUGCUUUGGGGAAACUUGCCUGAUUUAGAGGAAAGUGCAGAUGAGGACGUGUCCAGCAUCUCUGAAGAGGAAUAUAUCAGAUAAAUCUUAUCAACACUGUGUCUCUCACAUUCCUAAGAUGUGCAAAUCCCAUCAGGGCAAUGCAAAAAAAGAGAAGGCAGUCGCUUCAGAGGAGCAAUACCUGUUGACUUUAGAUUGUCUGAUCUAGUAAGCAUCCUGAUAAAAGACACACUUAAUAUGCGAAGGUUUAAAAUCCCGUUCUUUCUGUUUUCUGAAGAGACACUUGCCCUCCGUAUGCAUAACUGGCUUCUGCAAUCGCUUGCUGUUGCUUCUUAAAGGAUAGAACAAGACAAGAUCAAGGAGAGACGCUCCACAUCACCAUCACACAGUUACACCGAGAAGGUAUAGCAGUAGAGAGAGAAACUCUGUGGUGUUUGACGCAUGGUGUGUUAUCUCUUGGCCUGCCUGACCUCAUUUUUUUCUGAACAGCUGGCUGGGCCAGGGGCUACACAUGGCUUCCCUUUAGGGGCCACAGCUAAUGCGGCUACAUUGCAAGCCACCAGUGAAUACUGACUGUGCCGUUGGCAGCCUUCCAGAACCCUGUUUGGAUGACAUGAGAGAGAAGGGAAUUUGGGACUUUCUUAAAUCUAGGUCUUUCUGCAUGUGAUGUACAAGAGCAGCACACUUCUGAGCUUUGCUAAAAGCCUUGCUUUCGAAGAAACCUACAAAAAAGCUUCUCCCUGCCAGCAUAUGUGCAGCCAACAAGUGUGAGGGCAUAGCCUGGGAAAUGGCAUGCUUCCCUGCUCCUAAUGGAAAGAGAAGGUGUAAAGGAAGCAUAGCAAAAGAAUCUGAAUUGUCAUCUGUUUCUAGAUCUAUGGCUGCACAUGAUCAUGAAACAAAGAGGUUAAAAUAAUAGUAUCCAGGGAGUGGCAUUGUUAACAAUGUUUGCUGAUCUUUUCCAUUUUAUGAGAAGAGACUAGCAGCAGGCAUGACACCGGAGAAGAAUGUAACAAAUGCAAAGCCAGAUUCAAUAAAAAUUUCCUUCUGGCUCCCUGCUGCUGGCACAAGAAUAUUCCCUACAUAGCUGGUGGCACAGUGCCUUUUGGAAAGAAGUCAGCCAGGCAUGGCUCGAAUUGAAUCCGGUCUCUAGUGUACUGAAAUCAAAAGCAGCAGUUAGGUAGCUUGCAAGUUGAAUAGUUUACUUUCCCCAAAUUGAUGAAGUGUCAUCUGGAGUGUAAUUUUUUAAAGAGUAGUAAUGUGCUCUUGGAAAGGAAAAAAAUAUAGAAUUGCAAGAAUAUUCAAGCGCUUUUGACACUUUAAAUGCUCCAGUUUAUGAGGUAGUUUACAGGCCUGGUAAAGAUCCUGUGCCUCUGCUAUAGUGAAUUUGCAGUUGGUAGAAAGAACUUGCAUGCCUGCCUCAACUCUGAAUCAAUUAAACUGAAUGAGCCAUAA